GCUUGGACAGAGACAGAAAGGCUUUCAUCAACUCAGUCGCUCAAAGUUCUCUGUAUCGCGGUCUUCUUUCACCGUUAUCGAAUGCCGACAGAAGCGUUCAUUGGAAUAUUAAAACUGGACAAGUUGUCAAGGAAUAGACCUUUCUGUUAUCUAAGCUGCUGUUGGGGCGUUUGUGACCUUGACAACCAAAUCUGCACUGUUUGUGCCGGUGCGCUGUCAACCCCGCUGCCGCUGUGUCAUUUGUGGCAGCUAAAUUGAAGGAGUGCUCUAAUCGUCUCCCACACAUCUUGCCCCUCACCACACGUGCGGGAAGCCCUGGGCGCCCAGCCCACUCAUUCCCCUGUCUGCCUUCCUGCCCACAAACAUCCCAUCAUAAACAAUGACCUGAAUCCACACGGCAUCUGCUGCAUGAAAGAUGUUGAUUUUAUUGGCAAAACACAGCUCUUUUGCAUUAUGGUCCAUUUCAUGUGAGCAGUAUGAUGAAGACCACGUACUCUAACUCACAUCGAUGGGAUUCACUUCAUAUGUGAAGAAAACACAACUAACGUAACACACAAAAAUGGACCACAGGCAUGGGUUUCUCAAUGGCCUGGAUGAAAAACUGGAGUACUCCAAAAACAAGCUGGAGUUUUUACACCCUAGCAACAGGUGGACGAGUGUACUGACUGUGAAAGAGAACAACAGAGCACAACAUCAAACAUGGAGCCUGUGGACACUGGGGUCUGUACGGAAAAUCAAAAUCUUAAGCUUCCUCUUCGGACUUACGGUCACCGUUCUCAUCAUGGCGUCCUACAUCUUGACGAGGGACCAGAAAGGGCUCUAUUUAACAGCAUCACCGUAUCACCUUACUGUAGAGUCUCAUCCGGCACAGCUGCCCCUUAAUCUGUCCUUCACUACAGACUACACAGUUGUAAGAGAGGUGGUGAGGAGUAUUGUGGCCAAAGUGGAUUUCAGUCAUAGAAAAGUGCCUGACCUGAGAGAAGUGAGAGAGAAAGAGCCAGACAUAUUCUCUGCAAUUCCUCGCAAAUAUCUUCCCCAUCUCAAGAACCCCUGUUGGUAUGAAGAAUUCUCUGGGAAUAUCACAGCUGAUCCAUAUGGGAAAAACAUGUAUGUUCUUUAUUCAAAGCGCUUCCAAGCAAUAUACGACUACCUGCGCAGAGCGUUUCCGGCUCACCUUCAUCAGCAUGCAAGUAGACUGUAUCGCCUGCGCUGUCUGCCCUUCUUUUACAUCAUUGGCCAGCCCAAGUGUGGCACCACAGAUCUCUACGACCGGUUACGGCAGCAUCCGGAGGUCCAUUUCGCCACUAUGAAGGAACCACACUGGUGGACACGAAAGAGAUUUGGUAUUAUCAAGCUGAGUAAUGGUUUUCAUAACCCCUAUCCACUGAAUGACUACCUGGACCUUUUUGACCAAGCAGCCAAUCAGAUUCAAGAUCAUUUGACAAGCAACUCCUCCAAAAGCCACAAAAAUGUCAACAUCAUAAUCGGUGAGGCGAGUGCAUCCACAAUGUGGGACAAUAAUGCUUGGGUCCAUUUCUAUGACAACGGAAUGGACGUGGAACCUCCUUUUCUGAUCCAAGACUUCAUUCAUGCUGUCCAACCAGAUGCCAGAUUCAUUGUGAUGCUCAGAGACCCAGUAGAGAGGCUUUACUCAGACUAUCUGUACUUUGGCAUGGCUAAUAAAUCUGUGGAGGAUUUUCAUGAGCGAGUAUCAGAGUCAUUGCACCUGUUUGAGGGCUGCUUAGCUGAGAGGUCCAUCCGUUCCUGCAUUUACAAUACCACCCUCAACAACCUGAUGCCUGUGAGGCUUCAGGUGGGUCUAUAUGUCAUAUACCUACUGGACUGGCUGAGUGUUUUCAGUAGAGAGCAGAUACUCAUCCUACGACUCGAGGAUCAUGCUGCCAACCGGAAAAUCACUAUGCGAAGAGUCUUUGAAUUCCUGCAGUUGGGACCUCUUACUCUGCAGAAGGAAGCAGACAUCACAAAGAGCCCUGCCUCCAACACCAGACGACCAGCCAAUCGAAAUCUUGGCCCAAUGCUGCCCAUAACCAAGGAGAUCCUGCAGAUUUUCUAUGAGCCUUUUAACCAGCGCCUGGCCCAAGUGCUAAGGGACCCUGCCUUUUUGUGGACGUAGCCCUGAGGAAGAGGGAAUGAACAGACAUGUAUUAUUGAAACAGAUAAAAGUGACACAAAUUAAACUCAGAUUUAAAUCUAAAUUAGAUUUGUUAGGCCAAUGCUGGGUGGCUGGUAUCACCUUUGGCCAGAAUUCAAAUUUAAGAAAAUAUUUUCAAUUAUAGUCAAUUAUAUAGUGAUACCACUGACUUUAUUUUUAUUGUUUUUUUUUCGUUGGUUAUUUGGUGCUGGACAUGUUUAUUAUUGCACUUUGAUACUGUGAGAGUAUUUGGUCAUAAUGACCACUGAGAAAUUAAUAAACAACUUUAUUUAAUGUAUUUGUUAUAAGGACCUGGAAGCCUAGGUGUUUCAACAAAAUGAAAGGAUACAGAAACAGAAAAGAUGGCAGUAAAAAAAAUUAUAUACACUCAAAAAACUACAAAAAAUGUAAAAAUGUCAAUGUUUUGGAGUUUAGCUCUAAGAAUGUAAGAGUGCCCAGUGUUGCCUGCAAGUCAGACAUGGACAUAUAAUAUAAAUGACAAUGUAACGGGUUGUGAAAAAAGAGCACAAAAGCCAUCCUGGACACUGAA